AUAACUUGUAACUUCUCUAAAAUCGACUAUUCUAUAAAUUUCCCAUUGCCUGCCAAUACAACUUUCGGAUUUUGAAGAUAGCUCGCUGGAACAAAGACAAGACUGCAUUGGAGCGAUAUAAUAAGCUGUUUGACAGUGUAGAUCUCCCAUCAGGUCUUCAAUAUGCCGGUCACAGCAUUUAAGGUGGAGGAACAAUACUCAUAUCAGAAUGGGUUUGGUUCAUACCAUGAAUCAGAAGCCAUCGAAGGAGCAUUGCCCGUAGCUGCGAACUCACCACAAAAGCCGCCGUACGGCCUCUACGCAGAGAAGCUUUCCGGCACAGCUUUCACAGCACCCCGCCACGAAAAUCUCCAAUCAUGGUUAUACCGAAUCCUUCCCGCAGCAUCACACAGCGACUUCGCCGCAUACAAUGGUGCAGUUGAGUCCACCUCUCAGUCUCCACUUCAUCAAAUUCCCAACCAGCUCCGCUGGAACCCCUUCGACAUGGACGAAACAAAAGAUUGGGUACACUCCCUCAAGCACCUCGGUGGCGCCGGUUCCCCAGCCAUGAAAUCCGGUCUGGGCAUCCUCAUCUUCGCCGCAGGCAAGGACAUGGGCAACGAGGCCUUCUACUCCGCCGACGGCGACUUCCUCAUCGUCCUCCAACACGGCGUCCUCGACAUCCAAACCGAGCUCGGCCGCAUCCUCGCCCGCCCCAAUGAAAUUGUCGUCAUCCCCCGUGGUGUCCGCUACCGCGUCACCCUCCCCGUGGGCCCCGUCCGCGGUUAUAUCCUCGAGCUAUACCAGGGCCACUUCGAGCUUCCCGAGCUAGGCCCCAUCGGAUCCAACGGGCUCGCGAACGCGCGCGACUUCCAAGCCCCUGUAGCUGACUUCCAGGAAGAUACCUCCAGCACCUGGACCAUCUACUCCAAGUUCGACGGAAACCUCUUCACAGCCUCGCAGAACCACACACCCUUCGACAUCGUCGCGUGGCACGGGAACUACUACCCCUACAAGUACGACCUCGGGCGCUUCAACACCAUCGGCAGCAUCAGCUUCGACCACCCCGACCCGAGCAUCUUCACCGUGCUAACCGGCCCAUCCGACCACGUCGGCACCGCCAUCGCCGAUUUCGUCAUCUUCCCCCCUCGCUGGCUCGUGCAGGAAGACACCUUCCGCCCGCCGUGGUUUCACCGCAACACCAUGUCCGAGUUCAUGGGUCUGAUCACCGGUGACUACGAUGCCAAAGAGGGAGGCGGGUUCAGACCCGCCGGCGCGAGUCUGCAUAAUGUGAUGAGUGCGCAUGGGCCGGAUGCGGCGACGCAUGAGAAGGCGAGUGGGGCGGCGCUGGCGCCCAUGAAGGUUGGGGAGGGGAGCAUGGCGUUUAUGUUUGAGAGUAGUUUGAUGAUUGGGGUGUCGGAGUGGGGGCUGAGGGAGUGUGAGAAGGUGCAGCCGGAUUAUAAUGAGAAGUCGUGGGAGGCGCUGAAGGUGAAUUUUAAGAGGCCGGAGGGGAAGUAGGUAGGGGGUGUAUUCGUAGUUAUCCUCGCUAUUUAGCUUUUUAGUGUUAGCUAUUGUAAGGAAUGAAUAUCCGUUACUUUUA